CACUUAAAAAAACUUCUAACACAUUUAACCAAAAAAGAGAGUAAAGUAUAUCGAUUUCACGAAUCGCGUGCGAAGAGGAGUUAUGGGUCUGACGAAUUUCGUACUGACGGUGGCCGGCGUAAGCGCCGUCGUUCUUCUUCUAAGGAGUGACGUGAAGCAAUCUGCGUCGAUUUUCAAACGCAACGUCAAACAAAUUCGCCACUGGCUAGAAGAAGAAACCGCCAAUUCUUCAAAGAAAAUGGAGCAGACUAAAAGGGAACUUGAAUCAAAGGUCCAUCCGCAAGACACUCAUAAGGACGAUAAGCACUAAUGUUUAUGUAGUUAAUGUGAUGGGUGGGGUUUAGUGUAGUAAUUUUUCUGGUUCUCUGUGCUCAUCUGUUACUGGAUACAGGUUUUAUUUUUGUUUUUUUAUAUACUAAAAGAAUUCUUAAUCAAUCUCUUGAUGUAUUGAGAAAAUGUAUAUUAUGUUAGUGUUUUUUGAGCAAUAAUAUGAAGUUAUGGUUUUUCCACA